ACGCAGUCGUUCGAAUUUUGUUAUGAUAUCGGAACUUGAUAUUUCGUACCUGUCGGUUAAGUUGGCAAACCCUUUCCAACACUUACACUGUACGCUCCGUUCAUCUCUUUUGCGCUCAUUCCACUGUAGUAUCGUCUCUUCUCUCUUUCAAUUGAGCCUCAUGACUCGUUGUGGUUUUAUUUUAUUUUUUUUUUGUCUUGUUCUCGUUUAAUCACAAUAUACCGCAUUGCCGCCGCCGCCGCCGGUGUAAAUGUGUGAUACUGUGAUAGCAGCAAGCGGCUAUUGAGUUAACUACCGAGUUUAUAAUAGUGUGAAUGUCGGUCUUUGAUAUUUGUAUCAGUGUUGUUACUUGUUUUAAAUUGCAUCAUUAUUUGCCCAGAUGAAUAUUCAAAUUUGUAAUUUUUGUUAGUUAUUUUAAUAUCCUCUAUAAUAACGCUUUUCAAAUGUUGGUUAUAACAUACACGUCUGUGAAUUUGUGACCUGUUAGUUUGUUCAAAUAAUAUAAUAAAUAUAGGUAAACGGUUAAACGUUUUCUUACGUUUAUCCUCAUUUCGGACGAACAUGUGGAUUUCAAUAUUUAAACGCAUGAUUUUCUUCUGAUUUGUCCUUGUCGGUGUUAUACUACUGUUGUAACUGCAAUAACCUCGUGAAACUAACUAAACUGUGAAAUUAAACUUAAACCAUGAGCCCAAGUAAUAGUAAAAUGUCACUAAGCUGUGAGUCAACAUCUUGCAUUCAAAAUGAAAAUGGAAAAAGGACAUUUUUAACAUCAAUUAAUGAUGUAUUUGACGAUGAAAUUUACUAUAAAAGGAAAAAAUCCAUUAAACAUUCUCAAGUAGAUAUAAAUAAUGCAGUCUUAUCAUCCAAUGGUUAUAUGACAAGAAAUAAAUUAAAAAAACAACUGACCAAUAACAGUGAAUCAAUAGAAUCAACUGUCAAAGAGCAUAAAAGUUCAAGAAUUGACAAUAUUAGAAGUAAACGAGGAAACGCUUGUAGGAAUCGAAAACCUUCAAAACAAAUCCGUAAAAAGAAAUUGCAACCUGGCUAUAUUUUUACUAAUGAUAUUUCUUAUGUAUACCCCGGAAAACAACUAGAUACCGAAUACAAAAAAAGUAUUCCUUCAUUAUUUGAAUCAGAUUCUGAUUCAGAAAUCGAUAAUUUUCAAUUGAAUUAUAUAAAAAAUGACGUUAAAGAAAUAUCCACUUGUACUUCUGAUCCAGAUAAUAUUUAUUCUAUUUUUAACAAAAAUGUUGAAAUGAAAACUUAUUUUAACAAAAAAUCAUAUUUUUCUAACAAUAAAUCUAAUAUCAAUUCUUUAAACACAUUUGAUGAAAGUAAUCAAGAACCAUCAAGAUUAUCUAACACUGUUAAAAUGGUUAAUAGCUCUAAUUUAUGUAAAAGCAUUGCACAAAAUGAUAGUACAACUAACAAAUUAUUGAAAGACACAGGUCCCUCAAAAAAAGAAUAUGUGCAAACAAAUACUGAGGAUGAUGAAAUUAUUAUUGUUACUGAAUCAUUUAUAAGACAGUUAAAUAAUGAAGAUCAAAUAAUAAAAACAGAAUCUCAAGAGCAACAUAAAGAAAAUGAAGUGGUAUCAAAAGUACUCUCUACAGAUUAUGAUUGCACUGUUGAUACUAAUAAUAUUGAUAAUAUAUGUAAUAUAAACUAUGAUUCAUCGAUUUGUUCUGAUUUAAUACUAAAACAAAAUGUGGAUGAUAUUAAUGAAUCAAACAAAUGUACACCAUCACCAUUUAAAACUAAUAUUGUUGAAAAUAGCUUAAUGAGUAUUUUUGAUGAACCCGAAGAGAACAUAUUAGUUAAAAGUUAUAGUAAUAUAAAUGAAAAUUUAAUUAAUUAUUCAGAUUCUAACAAUUCAACUAGUAUUUCAGAAAAAAUGAUUGAACUGAGUAGUUUACAGACUUUUGAAUUUGAUAAUAGUAACCCAGAUCGAUCUAUAGAAAAUCAUCAGACAUCUGAAAUGUUCAAAGAAAAUGUCACUUGCCAUCUUCCUUUAGAUCAGAUUGGAUCUAAUCCAAUUACUAAUCAGUAUUUUCAUACAGUAAUUAUGGAUGAAAUAAAAAUAAAAUCAGACUCUUUUAGUAAUAAAAUAAAUAACAUUUGUCUACUGAAUAAUGACAAUUUAAGUUCUACUAAAGAUAAUUAUUCAAAAACGAAUAAAAAUCUUGGUUCAAAAUGCUAUUGUAAAAAUUUUUCUAGUUUUAACAACAAUGUUAAUAAGAUAUUUAAUUCUAAAAUUAAACAUUUUGCAUUUAAUAAUAAUGCUAAAAAAGUACGUCAAAAAAUACUGCAUCAAAAACAUAUAGAAGCCAAUAUUUUAAAGAUACUUAUUACACAAGAGCACAAAAAUAACAUUCAAUCAAAAGAACAUAUACCAAUUUUUGAUUCGAUUUCAAUUAAUAAAAAAUAUGAAAAAUGUAUUAAUUUAAAAGAGAAUGAUCACAUCAAACCAAAUAUUUUAAGUAUGCUUAAAGAUGUCUAUGUGGAUGUAGAAUACCUUACUGAAUACUGUGAUUAUAAUACUAGUGAUAAUAAAUUGCCAGAACCACAAAAAAAUAACAAAGAUAUCAAAUUUAAUAUUCAACCUUCUAAAGUUAAAUCAAUAGACAAUAUGAUUAUGUUUAAAAACAAUAGUGCUUCGAUAUCAAAAAAUAAAGAAAUUAAUCUUAAACCUUUUCAUGAAAAAGAUGACAAUUCUAAUAAAAAAGAUAUAGUUGAUAAUGUUUCUACUUCAAAUAGUUCAUCAAAAAAAUAUCCAAUUCAUCUUAACCCUUGUGAUGAAAAUGAUAUCAACUCUAAUAAUAAAAACGAAAUAACUGAUAAUGUUUCAAUGUCAAAAAGUAAACCAGUUAAUGAUAAACUUUGUGAACAAAAUUAUAUCCCUUGUAAUAAAAAUGAAAUAGUUGAUAAUGCUAUUACAUCAAAUAAAUCAAUCAAUAUUAAACCUUAUAAUGAAAAUGAUGUUAACUUUAAUAAAAAUAAAAUAAUUGAUAAUGUUUCUUCAUUAAAUACUACAAUGCAAAAUAAUCUAAUCAACUGUAAACCUUGUGAUGAAAGUUACAUUUAUUUUAAUAAAAACAAAAUAAUUGAUGAUUCUAAUAUAUCAAAUAGUACAACAAAAAAUAAACCAAUACAUUUUGAAAACAGUGUUAACUUAAAUAAAAAUAAAAUUUUUGAUAAUAUUUCUAUUUCAAAAAGUAAACCAGUUAAUGAUAAACUUAAACAAAAUUAUAUCCAUCAUAGUAAAAACAAAAUAGUUGAUAAUACUUCUAUAUCAAAUAAUACAAUGAAAAAUAAUUCAACGGAUAUUAAACCUUAUGAUAAAAAUGAUAUCAACUUUAAUAAAAACAAAAUAAAUUAUGCAACAACUAUAAAAAACAAUUAUUUUGAUUUUAAUAGUCAUAGUAAUUCUCAUGUAGUAAAUGCCAAAAUUGAUUCUAAAAGUAAAAUCAAAGUUGAAGAUAAUUUUAACUAUGAACCUGCUGAUAUAAAAUAUGAUUUAAAAACUGAAAAAUGCUCUGGCCCUCAAAUGAAACCAUUUGACAUCUGUAAUUUAAGCGAUAAGACUGUAUUAAUAAAUGAAAACAAUGAUUCUAAAGAAGAGUUUAUAAUGGAUGAAGUAAAAAAUAAUAUUCAAUCAGAAAAUAUUUUGUCAUCAGCCAAUAUAAAUAUCAACCACGGGUUAACUCAAACAAAAAUAAUUCAUGUUUUAAAAGAUGAAAAUAAACCAGGUCCUACAUUAAUUGAAAAUGAAAAAGAAACAAAUAUUCUAAAGAUAUUUGAACCACCUCAAUACAAAAACCAUUUUGAUACAACUGAUACAAGUGAAACUAUUAGUUCUAAAGUAGAUCAAAUUUUUCCUGCAUUAAUUGAAAAUGAAAAAGAAACAAAUAUUCUAAAGAUAUUUGAACCACCUCAAUACAAAAACCAUUUUGAUACAACUGAUACAAGUGAAACUAUUAGUUCUAAAGCAGAUCAAAUUUGUCCAAUGUUACCACAUAUAUCUAAAAAUAAUGAGCCUAUUAAUCAUUUAUUUGACCUACCUACUGAUGAUAUUGCUUUCUCAUUAAAUAUCAUUAACUCUAAUGAUGAUUUUGAUGAUGAUGAUGAUGAUGAUAGAUUAUUGAUUGAAGAUUUUGAACAAAAUGUUGAUGGCAAUGUUAAUGAAAAUUCAACUUCUAUCCUUAAAUUAGUUAAUACAGCAAACAAUGAAAGAACAAUAAAUUGUUUACCUUCAGCUGCGAGUAUGAAUUCUAAAACAGAAAUCAAGCUUUGUGAAAAUAAGUUAAUAAAUCCGAAAAAGAAAAAAUUCUCUGAAAUAAAUAGUAUCAAAAAUGAAAAAGUGUUAAACACUAUUAUACCAGAAAAAAAAUGUGAUCAAUCUAAUAAUAAUUAUGAAAACGCAUGUUUAUUAAAAAAAGAUAAUAAUUCUUUAGAUGAUUGUAUGUCUAUUGAAAAGUGCAAUGAAUUUUAUAAAAUAAAGUCAUUAAAUAAAAACACUAUUAAUAAAAAUGAAUCUUUACCAAAGAAUAUCAAAGAUAUAUUGAAAGAAAUGUAUGUUGAUGAAUUGUUUAUAUCUACAUGUCAACAUAUGAAUGACUUUUAUAGUGAUGAUCAAUUAAAAAAUGAUGUAUUUUUUCAUAAUGAUGAAUAUCAAAACACAAAAACUGAGAAAUUAGUCAGUGAUAUUAUAAAUGAAAAUGAUUUAAAAAACAUACAUCCAGAAUUACAGCAAUCUAAUUCAAUCAAAAAAAAAACAAUAUUAAAAUCGGAAAUCAUUGACUGUAACCAACAAAAAGCACACAUUAAACCUACCAUUAAAACACAAAAAUCUAAUUCUUUACAGAAUCCAAAAAAUGUUAAAAGUAAUAUGAAAAUCAGGAUUCACUUAAGAGAAUUCAUACUAUCGAAUAAACCACUUAAUGUAAUUUUAGAAUCCAAAGAAUUUAGAAAUUUAAGAUUUUUUAGUGAGGAAGAAAUUGCAGGUUCAAUUGGUGUUUUUAUUUUUGAACAAUCAAUUAGUCCACCAAUAAUAACUGGAUUGUCAGUCUACAAAGAAAAUUAUGAACAAUUAAAAAAUGAAGAGAAAAAUAAAAUAUUGGCGUCCACAAAUUUAAAUAUUUCUUGUCCAGAAAUAAUGAAACUAACCUCAAUCACUUUAGCAUUAGUAAAAAUGUUGAGAAGUGAUACACUAAUUGAAGCUAUCUUAAAUGUUAUUAGAAAAAAUGUGUUGACAAAGCAAAUGAAUACUAAUCAUACAAUUGAUGAUCAAUUAAUAAAACAAACAGUAUACUUUGUUGACAUUUGUGUUAGAACAAGAAUGCUGAAAACUCUUCAAAUAUUUAUUUUUGAUUCAAUGGUUUUUUUACCUAACAAAUAUUGUUGUACUAUAUUUAUAUCUUUGCUGUUAUGGAAAAAUUGUUUGCCACGAAGUAUAAAUAAUGAAGAAGACCCAGUUAUUAUAACUGUCAUAUCAUACUUAAUUGCAAAAACAAAGUUUUAUUCUGAGGAAACUAUUGGUUGUGAUAUUUUCCAAAGAGAAUUAAUCAAUUUACUUUCUUGUCAUUUCAAUUAUACAUUUACUAUAGAUAUGCCAACUAAUUUUAUUCAACAUAAACACAAACCUGAUUUCUUUGUUUCUGUAGUCAUGUUUUUAAAAUGUUGUAAUCCUAAAGACUUAGUAGAAUUCGUGAUCAGCUGUCUUUUUCCCAUGAUUGAUAAUUAUCUGAAUACUCAACAAAACGAAAUGUAUGCCAUAAAAACAAUGGAAUCAAUAAACAUGACAAUGAAACCAUUUAAGAUGACUUGUAAUACUACUGUAGCCACUUAUCUAAAGAAAUGUAAGGAUCCAAUAAAUGGUGUUAAAAAAAACGGAAAAGAACAUAUUUAUAACACCACCUAUAAUAGUUACAAAAUAUUGCAAAACAAAUUUAUUGAAUAUCUGAAUGAUAGCCGACCUCGUUCUCAAUGCUUUGAAGAGUCUCUGAUGUCAAUCAUUCUAAUGUUUGGAUCUGUAGAUUAUCUCACUAGCUGUUUGAGCUUAAUGCAAUGGAAACCAAAAUUUGAAUUGUCUGCAAUUUUAUCGGAAAAAAUUGUUAUAUUCAAAUCAAUUUUAGGUCAUAUAUGGGAUAAUUUAUGUGCCAUAGACGAUAUUAAGACAUUGAAGUGUAUGGUCAAUAGCUGCUUGUUGAAUAAAGAUGUAUAUCAUACAAUUGUGCAACUGCACAAUCUUCGUUAGCAAUUGAAAUAACUUGAUGACUUUUAAUUAUUUUGAAAAAACUACAUGACUGACAAUAUCUGUGAUAUUUUAUUUAAUUAUCUUUGAAUUUUUAUGGUAUAUAAUACCAUGUAUGUAAUUAAUCUAAUUUUUAAUUGAUUUAGUAAAAAUGUAUUGUUCUAUUAAAUCACAAAAACAUUUGUGACAUUACAAAUGUUUGACAAUGGUUAGUGUGCUUUAACUAUUAUUAUUAUAUUAAAGUUAUGUUACUAUUGUAAAAUUGUAAUUUAUAAGUAUGUUUUUAAGCCUUAAUGUUAUAUAAAUUUUCUUUU